AUGGGGGUCGCGGGCCGCGGCUGUCCCGGGCCGGCCCGGGCGCUGCUGCCGCUGCUGCUGCUGCUGCUGCUCACGGCGGCCAGCCCGCCCGGCCGCGGCCGCGCCCCGGGGCCGCCGGAGGACGUGGACGAGUGUGCCCAAGGGCUAGAUGACUGCCACACCAAUGCCCUGUGUCAGAACACACUCACCUCCUACAAGUGCUCCUGCAAGCCUGGCUACCGAGGGGAGGGCAGGCAGUGUGAGGACAUUGAUGAAUGUGAAAACGAACUCAGUGGAGGCUGUGUCCAUGACUGUUUGAAUAUUCCAGGCAAUUAUCGCUGCACUUGUUUUGACGGCUUCAUGUUGGCUCAUGAUGGUCAUAAUUGUCUUGAUGUGGACGAGUGCCUGGACAACAAUGGCGGCUGCCAGCACACCUGUGUCAACGUCAUGGGGAGCUACGAGUGCCGCUGCAAGGAGGGGUUUUUCCUGAGUGACAAUCAGCACACGUGCAUUCACCGCUCAGAAGAAGGUCUGAGCUGCAUGAAUAAGAAUCACGGCUGCAGUCACAUCUGCAAGGAGGCCCCGAGGGGCAGCGUCGUCUGCGAGUGCAGGCCUGGUUUUGAGCUGGCCAAGAACCAGAGAGACUGCAUCUUGACCUGUAACCAUGGAAACGGCGGGUGCCAGCACUCCUGUGAGGACACGGCUGAAGGCCCAGAGUGUAGCUGCCAUCCACAGUACAAGAUGCAUGCAGAUGGGAGGAGCUGCCUCGAGCGAGAGGACCCUGCCCUGGAGGUGACGGAGAGCAAUGCCACAUUAGUGGCAGAUGGGGAUAAACGGGUGAAACGGCGGCUGCUCAUGGAAACCUGUGCUGUCAACAAUGGAGGCUGCGAUCGCACCUGUAAGGAUACUUCGACAGGUGUUCAUUGUAGUUGUCCUGUUGGAUUCACUCUCCAGUUGGAUGGGAAGACCUGUAAAGAUAUUGAUGAGUGCCAGACCUGCAACGGAGGUUGUGAUCAUUUCUGCAAAAACACCGUGGGCAGUUUUGACUGCAGCUGCAAAAAGGGGUUUAAAUUAUUAACAGAUGAGAAGUCUUGCCAAGAUGUGGACGAAUGCUCUUUGGAUAGGACCUGUGACCACAGCUGCAUCAACCACCCUGGCACAUUCACAUGUGCUUGCAACAAAGGGUACACCCUCUAUGGCUUUACCCACUGUGGAGACACCAAUGAGUGCAGCAUCAACAAUGGAGGCUGUCAGCAGGUCUGUGUGAACACAGUGGGCAGCUACGAAUGCCAAUGCCACUCUGCAUACAAGCUCCACUGGAAUAAAAAAGACUGUGUGGAAGUGAAGGGGGUCCUGUCCACUAGUGUAUCACCCCACGUGUCCCUGCAUUGCAGUAAGAGUGGUGGAGGAGACAGGUGCGUCCUCAGAUGUCACUCUGGCAUUCAUCUCUCUUCAGGACUGCAAGAGGCCUACUCUGUCACGUGCGGCUCUUCCUCUUCUCUCAGGAGCAAACAGCAAAAAUCAAAUGACUCUGCUUUUGGGGAUGUCGCCACCGUCAGGACAAGUGUAACCUUUAAGCUAAAUGAAGGCAAGUGUAGUUUGAAAAAGGCUGAGCUGUUUCCUGAGGGUCUGCGACCAGCACUACCAGAGAAGCACAGCUCAGUAAAAGAGAGCUUCCGCUACGCAAACCUUACAUGCAGCUCCGGCAAGCAAGUCCCGGGAGCCCCUGGCCGACCGAGCGCCACUAAGGAAAUGUUUAUCACUGUUGAGUUUGAGCUUGAAACUAACCAAAAGGAGGUGACAGCAUCUUGCGAUCUAAGCUGUCUCGUAAAGCGAACCGAGAAGCGGCUCCGGAAAGCCAUCCGCACGCUCCGGAAGGCUGCCCACAGGGAGCAGUUUCACCUCCAGCUCUCAGGCAUGGACCUGGAAGUGGCUAAAAAGUCUCCUAGAACAUCUGAACGCCGGGCGGAGUCCUGUGGAGUGGGCCAGGGCCACGUAGGAAACCAAUGUGUCAGUUGCAGGGCUGGGACAUAUUAUGAUGGAGCACAAGAACGCUGCAUUUUAUGUCCAAAUGGAACCUUCCAAAAUGAGGAAGGACAAAUCACAUGCGAACCGUGCCCAAGACCAGAAAAUCCUGGGGCCCUGAAGACCCCAGAAGCUUGGAAUGUGUCUGACUGUGGAGGUCUGUGCCAACCUGGUGAAUAUUCUGCAGAUGGCUUUACACCCUGCCAGCCCUGUGUCCUGGGCACAUUCCAGCCUGAAGCCGGCCGUACUUCCUGCUUCCCUUGUGGAGGAGGCCUCCCCACCAAACACCUGGGAGCCACUUCCUUUCAGGACUGUGAAACCAGAGUUCAGUGUUCCCCUGGACAUUUCUACAACACCACCACUCACCGAUGUAUUCGUUGCCCAGCAGGAACAUAUCAGCCUGAAUUUGGAAAAAAUAGUUGUGUUUCUUGCCCAGGAAAUACUAUGACUGACUUUGAUGGCUCCACAAACAUAACCCAGUGUAAAAACAGAAGAUGUGGAGGGGAGCUGGGCGAUUUCACCGGAUACAUCGAAUCCCCAAACUACCCAGGCAAUUACCCAGCCAACACCGAGUGUACAUGGACCAUCAACCCACCCCCCAAGCGCCGCAUCUUGAUUGUGGUCCCUGAGAUCUUCCUGCCCAUAGAGGACGACUGUGGAGACUACCUGGUGAUGCGGAAAACCUCGUCAUCCAAUUCUGUGACAACAUAUGAAACCUGCCAGACCUAUGAACGCCCCAUCGCCUUCACCUCCAGAUCAAAGAAGCUGUGGAUUCAGUUUAAGUCCAAUGAAGGGAACAGUGCCAGAGGGUUCCAGGUCCCAUACGUGACGUAUGAUGAGGACUACCAGGAACUCAUUGAAGACAUAGUUCGAGAUGGCAGGCUCUAUGCAUCUGAGAAUCAUCAGGAGAUACUAAAGAUUGCUUCCUUUCAGACACCAAGCCUGCUCUGGGCUAAGGAUAAGAAACUGAUCAAGGCUCUGUUUGAUGUCCUGGCGCACCCCCAGAACUAUUUCAAGUACACGGCCCAGGAGUCCCGGGAGAUGUUUCCAAGAUCCUUCAUCCGAUUGCUACGUUCCAAAGUGUCCAGGUUUUUGAGGCCUUACAAAUGAGUCUGCCCACAUGCCACUCAGUACACUGUUCAGCCUGUGGGCUGGUGGGAUGCAGCCAUCUGCUUCUGCCGCCAGCACAGUCGGAUAUUGCUGCCUCCAAUAGCAGUGACUCGUUAGAGUUCAAUUUUUAUAGAUAAUACAGAUAUUUUGGUAAAUUGAACUUGGUUUUUCUUUCCCAGCAUUGUGGAUGUGGACUGAGGAUGGCUUUAAGUCGCACCUGCUUCCCAUUGCUGUGGGCAGAAGUCUUGGAUACAUCAAGGGCUGGCUGAGCUGGACUUCAGUCAGCUCAGGUGAGACUCACCUGUCCUUCUUGGUCCUCACUCCUCCUCAAGGGGCUGUGGUGGAAAGGAGGACACAGAGGGGCUGCCUUGUCUGAAACUUCAGCCUCGUCUGGCCCAACCUUCCCUAAGGGAGCCCUCUGCACCUGGGUGCAGGCUCUGACCAGGCAGAAUGGGAAAGGAGGAAGGGAGGGAGGGAGAGCCCUCCAGGUGGCAUCCAUCCACCUGAGACCAGGGAGGGCUCCAUUUCUCCACAACCUUCUCCAGCCUGUGUGACCUAAGUUUGAUUCCAGGCGCUUGAGUUCUAAGCAGUGAUCAUUAAAAAUACUUAGAGCAGAAAUAAUUAGAAACAAAAAGAUAAAAAACUAAGCACUUCCACAGACAUAAUAAUGUAGGCCUAUUGAUGGCCUUCCCCGUUGCCAGCUUCCCCCUGUAGCAGGUGCACAGUGCUGAUUAGCACCUCCAGCUGUGCCUUCAGACUCUGCUGGGUACUGCGUUAGGGACUUGAGGGUUCAGAUCAGACAUGAUCUCCUUGGCGGAUGAGGAUAUUCCACCGUCAUUUAAAGGAGAUUUCACAAAGCCUGAGUCGGUACCGCCAAGGGUCCUACUUCCACAGUGGGCUUCCCACCAUGGGGCAUCCAAGGUCCGGAUGGACGUGGUGUGGACCAGCCCAUCAUGUUCGCCUCUCUUCCCCACUCUCCAAGGUCAGAGACGGCCUCGGCUCCACGGACAUGAGCAGCACUGCUAACGCUGUCUCACUCUCUUAAUGGUCACACCCCUGCCAGAAGCAGCUGCACAAAUCGGGCCUCUAAGGACUGCAGAAUUCAUCUCACUUUCAGUCAGCACAGUGGCGCCUUGCAAUCACUUUCUCCCACAGGAAUUUAAAUUUUCAAUAUUAUUGAAUUUUUAAAAAUUUAAAUCCACAGGCAAAAAUCUCAUUACAGUGAAUAAAAAAGAAUCCUAUCAAACAAGCUGCCACUUCCCUAAUGAAUGGGCUGACUACACACAACCACGGCGUUUUGUUAUUUCAGUAAAAAACUAACUCUGUACACAGUCCAUUCUCUCCACCAAAGUACUAAAAAAAUGGUUAACAAAUGUUACUCACUUUUCACCUCAGUGGUUUUGUUUUUUUAACCUAUUAAUAACAUUGAUUUUUUUUUAAGCCCUAAUCAAAUUUUUCUUCUUUAUUUGGAUGGGUCCUAAAUACCCAUUUCCAAAUUUCUCUUCAAAACUUGGAACAUCUUCAUUUUUUUAACAUAAUCAUUAAUACAAGCACUUGGAAUUUGUAAUACUGGGACUUGGCCUACAUUUCUGCAUCUAAUCAUAAGAUGAAAAUUCAGAUGUAAUAUAACCUGAGUCAGUGACCCGACCGACGUGGAGGUGGGUGAGCUGAACUGCGCCAUCCUGUCCAAGCACAUUAGUGACUUUGUGCUCACGACUGUCUGAUUCUGUAUUGCUGAUUUCACAAGAAAGCUAGGGAUGGGAAUAUGCAGGGGGUUGGAAGGAGGCUGCAUAAACCUGGUCUCUGUGAAGCAUCUUCCAGGAGCAGGUCCGUGCACCAGAGCUGUGUUCCUGGUACAAGCACAAGCCACAGAGGCCCUCCUGAAGCUUCCUUUCUAUACCCGUCAACCACCCUAGGAGAUGCUAUGGUCCUGUUGGAAGGUUGGCUGGCUGGGGCUACUGUUGCUACCUGCUAAAUCAAUAAAUAUUUAUCGAACAUCUGCUCUGUACCAGGCACUGUUCUAGGCCCUAGGGAUGCACAGUGACAAGACAGACAAGGUCCCUGCCCUCAUGCAGUUUACAUUUUAGAGGGAGGAGACAGACAACGAACAAAUAAAUCAUCAUGAAAAGUAUCAACUAGUAGUAAGUGCUAUGCUGAGAAUUGAAACAGGUUAAUGUAACAGAUCACUGCGUGGCUACUUUAGGUUGGGGGAUGGUGGAUGACUUCUCUGGGGGAAAUGCUAUUUCAACUGAAAACUAAAUGGCAAGAAGAAACCAGCCUUGGGAUAAUCAAGGGGAAGAGCAUUCGAGAGAAAGGAAAGCCAAGUGCAAAGGCUGUCGGCAGGAACAAGCAUGUGUGUGGAUCACAGUCUAGUGAGAAGGCAAAUGGUGUGAGAUGAGGCUGGGGCACUGGACAGGGGCCAGAGCACAUCAGGCUUUGGAAUCCAGAAUGAGGGGUUGGGUUUAAUUCUAAAUAUGUUGUGAAGCUUUUGGAGGGUGUUAAGCAGAGAAGUGGGAUGUUUUUUAAAAAGAUAGCUCUGGUUACGGUUUGAAGAAUAGAUUUUAGAAAGCAGGCAUGGAGGCAGGGAGCAGUUAACAAACUAUUGCAACCAGCCAAGCAGUCAUCCAAGGGGAGAUGAGGUUGUCUGGG